GUGUGCACUCAUUUGCUUAGAGCGUUUCGGUUACCAGGAACACAACAGCCCGACACAUGAAGCCCACGGUUGUCGUCUUCUUUGCCUUGCUGGCCACGGCCAUGGCCGGCUUCUAUGGCGGCUUCGGUGGCAUCGGCUAUGGCGGAUACGGUGGCUAUGGCGGCUUUGGUGGCUACGGAGGCUACGGAGGCUACGGAUACCGCGGUUUCCCAGUUGGACGAGUGUUUUCCUACGGCUCCAUCAUCAAGCAUGGAUACGGCGGAUACGGUCUCGGCCUGGGCCACGGAGGAUACGGCGGUUACGGAAUUGGCUACGGAGGAUACGGCCACGGCUUUUACGGAUAACACGUGCAGUGUGCUGAUGAGGUUGCUCGCCGGAGAUCUGGCAAAUGCAAUCGCAAUGACGCAUCUCGGACUCUUAGCCGUGUGUCAACCAGGAUGACACUGACCUCUUAAAUUUUCCCGACUCCCUUGUACAAUAAACCAGACCUAAGCAAA